AUGGAAGCAAUCAAUGCAACACCAGAUGCGGUUUUUAGCGACAGAGUGCGUCGAUUCCAGGAAUUUUUGGACACUUUUACGAGCUAUAAAGAUGCGAUAAGAUCGGUCCAAUUGUUCAACAUGCCAGACGCGAAGCCAGGGUAUGAGGAGGAUAAAAAAGCCCAAAUUGAAUACGCAAAGCUCCCACAGCGGGUAACCGUGUCGCUGGACGACUUACGGGAGUUUGACCGCUCGUUUUGGACCGGUGUACUCAACACUCCUGCACAAUUCGUCCCCGCUGCAGAGAGAGCUGUGACCGAAACAGCCAUGAUACUGGAAGAAAACCACACGAGUUCGGGAGCAGGUACAAAUGUGGCAUCGGCACAGCAGUGGAAGCUGUCUUUCCGUGGGUCUUUCGGUGCUCAUGCACUGUCACCAAGAACUCUGAACUCACACCAUCUGAACAAGCUUCUCUCGAUCGAGGGAAUUGUUACCAAAGUCUCGUUGGUCAGACCAAAGCUUUUGAGAUCGGUCCACUACGCUGAGAAAACUGGCCGUUUCCACUACAGGGACUACAGAGAUGCAACUACCAGUUUAACCACGCAAAUCCCCACACCAGCCAUAUACCCAACCGAAGAUCCUGAGGGAAAUAGGCUAACUACAGAAUACGGUUAUUCGACCUACAUCGAUCAUCAACGUGUCACGGUACAAGAAAUGCCGGAAAAGGCUCCUCCGGGACAAUUGCCUCGAUCCAUCGACGUGAUAAUGGACGAAGAUCUUGUCGACAAGACCAAACCGGGCGAUAGAGUGAAUAUAGUGGGUGUUUACAAGUCAUUAGGAGGCGGUGGGCUCAACUCAGGUUCUGAACAAGGUGCAACGCUAUCAGGAUUCAAGACGAUGAUUCUAGCUAAUACAGUAUAUCCGUUGCACGCGAGGUCGACCGGUGUAGCAGCCAAACAGUCUCUGACGGAUUCAGACAUUAGAAAUAUCAACAAAUUAUCAAGAAGGGAUGAUAUUUUCGACCUUUUGUCGCAAUCCUUGGCUCCUUCCAUCUACGGACAUGAUCACAUAAAGAAGGCAAUUUUGCUCAUGUUAUUGGGUGGUGUCGAAAAGAACCUUGAAAAUGGCUCGCAUCUGAGAGGUGAUAUCAAUGUCUUGAUGGUCGGUGAUCCCUCCACAGCAAAGUCUCAAUUGCUGAGGUUUGUUCUGAACACAGCUUCACUGGCCAUAGCAACCACCGGUAGAGGUUCAUCGGGGGUCGGUUUGACUGCGGCAGUUACGAUGGACCGCGAGACCGGAGAAAGAAGACUGGAGGCGGGUGCCAUGGUUUUAGCUGAUCGUGGUAUCGUUUGCAUUGACGAGUUUGACAAAAUGAGCGACGUGGAUCGAGUUGCGAUUCAUGAAGUUAUGGAACAACAAACUGUGACAAUUGCAAAGGCUGGUAUUCACACAACUCUGAACGCGCGUUGUAGUGUGAUUGCUGCCGCUAACCCCGUCUUUGGGCAGUACGAUUUGAACAAAGACCCUCAUUACAACAUUGCUCUUCCGGAUUCCUUGUUGUCGAGAUUCGAUUUACUGUUCGUGGUUACGGACGAUAUCAAUGAAAACACAGACAGGGCCAUCAGCGAACACGUUUUGAGAACACAUCGCUAUCUCCCCCCUGGCUACUUGGAAGGUGAACCGAUAAGGGAGGCCAUCAACUUAUCUCUGUCCGUGGGAGAGGAAGCUGCCGUGAAUGAAGAAGAGGAGGAUGACGAUGAUGAUGACGACGAAAACAAAGUCUUUGAAAAGUUCAAUCCAUUGUUACAUGCGGGUGCCAAGCUGGCAAGGAACCGAGGAAAUCGACAAGGAACGGAACUACCUCAGAUUGUUUCGAUUCCAUUUCUACGGAAAUAUGUCCAAUAUACCAAGGAAAGAGUUUCACCAACGCUGACUCACGAAGCAACCGCUUUGGUUGUGAAAACGUAUUCUGACCUAAGAAACGAUCAGAACACGAAGAAAUCCCCAAUCACCCCCAGAACUCUGGAAACACUCAUCAGAUUGGCUUCAGCUCAUGCUAAAGUUAGGCUUUCAAGAUCGGUAGAUCGCCAAGAUGCCCGGGUUGCUGCCCAGCUUCUGAAGUUUGCCCUUUUGGGUGAAGAAGAUUUCGGUCCUGAUCUAGAUGCGGGCGACGAUACUCAGAGGUCACCAACCAAGUCCCCGCGCAAGAAACAAAGGGUACGACACGGGGUUCCUGCCAUCACUCCACUUCAGUCUUCACCAACCAGGGCCCCAUUCCCAAGCACCAGUACGCCAACCAGAGGUGGAAAUGGCAGGCGCAGAAACAUUUUUUCAGAUAAUGAAACUGACGAGGAAAAUGCAGGCCUGGAUGUGGAGCAGGACGAGUUCAUGGAGGAAGAUGCCUCAGAUAUGACUGCUUUGCCAGAAGACCAAGAAAGUGACUUACAAAGAAGACUAGAAAGUGGACUUCGCGUUUCUCCACGGAGACGGCAACAAGUGCAAAACCCACCAAGUGACGCUCCUGUCACAGAAGAUGGUCGCCACAUUCUUUCGGCGGCAGAAAACUUCCACAGUAGGCCUGUACUUACCGCAGAGCCUCCACAGCACGAUCAGGAGAUUGUUUCAGCCGAUACGAUGGAGCCAGGCUCAAUUUCCACCAGUAGACUGUCACUUUUCUCGAGCAUUAUGGCUCAACUGAUGCAAACCGAUCUUUUCGAAGACGAGUCGUAUCCCUUGGCUGCCUUGCUGGAUAAAGUUAAUGAAGAUCUGGCCGAAGAGGAUAAGUUCAACGCUCCCGAGUAUCUCGCCGGCCUCAAGAUUAUGAGCGACAGAAAUAAUUUGAUGGUGGCAGAAGAGAAAGUCUGGAGAGUGUAG